AUGCAGCUCCUGCUAGUACUUUCUCGACGUCCUCUCCUGUUGCUGUUGAAGAUUCUCGACGUCGUCUCCUAUGUUCCAAAUGACGGCAAAAAUUUUGGAACAUCUUUGCCAAGACGUGACGCUCUGGCUUUGCGAUCGGAGAUGGCGGAAGAUUUUGAUUGUUUCUACAUGCCUCUCGAUUUUCUCAUCAUAGGUUUCCCACAAUCCGGAACAAGCAGCUUGCUCUCGUACCUGCGACAACUAUGAAACGACGAAAAAGUGUUCUCAUCGUCAGAAAAUCAGCUCAACAAUGCGCAGUGCUGAGGCGGGAGCCCUUCUAAAUCUGAAUCUAGCUAGUACUUCCUGUCCUUCCACACUUUCUUCACUUCAAAAAUCCUACUCGUCCUAUCACUACUUCUACUAGCUACAGUUUUAAUACUACUAGCUAGCUUUAACUUCCUUGACCUUAAGUAUUUAAUAUUUGACGAGUUGCACGCAACUGUGUUCCUUUCAUAAGAACAUCCCAGCAUUUACCUGAUGAACGAAGAAGACACUUUUUUCUGGCGUGGGCGGAUUCGGCGCAACGAGUACCAGGAACAAUGGUGGAAGCACUAUGAAGAGGGGAUUUCUCAGAAGAGGAAUAGUCUAUGGAAGCAGGAGCAGCAGCAGAACGGGUGCAAGCAGGAGCAGCAGGACGGAAAGUAUGCAUCUUGUUUGACUACAACAACGACAGAGAAGGAGACCGCGGACAAAGAUGAGACUCGCUCUUUAAUAACCACAACCAUGACAACCACAACCGCAUCAAGCAAGGACAAGAGCAAGAAGAAGAUUAUCCUCGGCAUCAAAGAUCCUUUACUUGCCCUAUCCUCUGAAGUCCUGCACUUCGUGAAACACCGUGUGCGGGAUCCUGGGAAACUAAAAAUCCUAUUCUUAAGGCUCUCAAAGUACUAAUGCAACUACUCCAUCAGAGUACACUCCUACUACUACUUCUACCCGAUUGUAGUUCAUAACCCAACACUCGCAGUGCCGCGACAAACGUCUUUACACCAAAGCAGAAGCGGAUUUAGUCACACAUCAAGGGGAACAACUAUCAAAUACUCUAAUAUUCGCAAUCCGAGACCCGCUUUCGAUGAUGGUUAGCUGGAUGCAUGCGGGGACGCCAUGGCUCAUGCACUGGGACGAUCCUAUACACUUGAGCGUAGGCCUCCUCCACGAACAGAUACAGUUAAGGUGGCUAGUACAAGAAAUCGAAUCCAUCUUCCCAGGCAUCGUGCUUGGUCCCCCCGUUUUCAAAGGGAAAAGGGAGAUGAUGUUGCUGCUGCUGUAUCAUGUAGGAUUUUCCCGAAAUCCUCGCUCUAAUACAGACGUCGAUGAAAAUCCUAACGGUUCCGUCUCUACCAAGUGAGCAAGAAGUUGUCUUUACCAGAAUCGUUAGAAGCUUGGUGAAGCGGAUGAUUGCUGAGGUCGUGGCACCAGGAGGCACUUCCCGGCAGGUUUCGGUGAAUCUCGAUGAUUUGGUAGCUGCUGAGAUGAAGAGCCCAGGAGAAGAUGCAGAAAACCUCAACAUAGAUUAAGAGUAGGUCAAAGGUGCUUUUCUUACCGCUUUUUAUGCCUCUCUCCCUUAGGAUGAGAAAGGCAUAAAAAGCGGGGUAAGCGAGCACCAAAAACCUACCUCUAAAUAGAGUUGGAUUCCAAAUUUUUCGAUUACGUGAAACGUGUCUUACCGCACCUGCCUUGUGUUGUAGUGCAGGAGCCUGCUGGAGGGGUCAAAGGCAAACUAGUAGGUGACGUCAACAUAGUCGUCCCUUUCGCAGAAGUUCUCCCUGACGCUUAUCACGCUUGGUUGAAUGAAGAAUCUUCAUACCGCAAUGCGGAUGGGGAAGAUAUCGUUCUACCUGAGGCGGAUUCGGAGGAGACCAGUGAGGUUAUCUCGGAAAUGAUGAUGACAGAGCAGGUGGCUGAGCGGAUCAUACGAAUUCGAGUCCAUCAAACCAGGACGUCCUUAGAGGCGAGGGCGGAUCUUCAUGUUGAUGUAGGGGACUCUCAUACGUCGACGUCCUGGAACAAUCUUCAUGCAGAAGGAGGCUCCUCUACAUCGAGAAGUAGGGAUCAACAAGAACAUCGAUGUAGGAGAAACAAAGGUUAUACUAAUAUAGAAGAGUUCUUGGAGAAGUAUGGUCGAGCAUUUCGUAAUGCGAUCCCGUUAGAGAAUUUUUUGUACUUCCCAAACGAACAACUGAAGCGGAAUCCUCAAGACACACUUCAAAGAUUAGUGAAGUUUCUACUCAGUGGUGACAGCGAUGCUUCUUCGACUCGUACGAAUGCGGCAACAACUUCAUCAGGAGGUGCACCAUUGAUGAUGUCCGCUCCUUCGUCCGCUUCUUCAGCAACAUCAACACCAGUACUAUUCGACGAGGACAACAGCGCUUUCGAAUUUGAUACUUCCUUUCAGUUCGAAGUAGCAGCAAAGAGGCAUGUGAAACUAGAACGCUUACCCCACGAGUUCGAGAUCUGUGAUUCCCGUUUACUACCAUUCCUAGAGAUGCUAUUUCCACAGCAUCAUAGGAAGCCCCUGGAAAGGCUUUUCAAUUACGAAUGGACUAAGACACCUACAAUCCAGAAACAGAAAACUCAAUAAACUUCAUCUUCUUUCCCUCAAGAAUGGAGGAUAGUACGAGAUUUGAAUUUGUUUGUGAUGUAUUAUAGAUCACGUACAACUACGGUUGCUGUACCAUCUUCACCGGCAGAAAAGCAUGCAAAAUUUGAGAAGGUACUAGAAUAAUCAUCUGCUUUCGUCAACAACUCUCACUCAUCUUCUAAGACCAACAGCAGAAUUUUUUUUCCGCGCCUUUCUUCCCAGAUUUGGACGAGAAUCAUCCAUGCAUGACGUCGAGAAAGAUCAAGGAGAGCAGUCUAAAACGGCGCGUGAUCCACUUGAAUAAACUUGCGCCACAACUAUGGCGCCAGAUGGAAGUGAUACGCCUACGGAAGCAUGAUAUUAAGGGUAGGUUAAAGGUGCUUUUCUUACCGCUUUUUAUGCCUCUCCUAAGGGAGAAAGGCAUAAAAAGCGGGGUAAGCAAGCACCAAAAGCCUACCUCUAAUGAUAGUAUGAGACACGAUCGUAUUAUAGCGUCCACACGGAUACGGAAGCAUGAUAGAAGUAUUAAAGCGUCAACAAAAAGGAGACAUGAUAGAAGGUCACCAUUCUACCCUUCCUAUUGGUCCAAAUGGAGGUGGCCACGGAGAGGUGGAGACUCCCCAGAUGUACUUCUAUUAAGGCUGUACUAGCUAAUGCAUCAGCCUCUUUGACUGCAUCCUUGAAGCGACGUAAUGUGGGGGAGUUGUAUCCCAGUGCGAUACUCUGGCAUACUUUUCAAGGGUGCAGCUGUAAGAUCAUGAAUUACACUUCCCAUGAUGCCUUAGCCUUAGGGUGAGCUCUAAAUAUAGAUGCUAGAAGUGCAACUUCUAGCAGGAGCUCCUGGUCCAGCUCCUCGUCCAAAACAACAUCAUCAAGACGCAUCUUCCCAAUCGAAGAUCCCUUGACAGAAGAAAGACGAAGAGAAGCAGCUGAGAAGCAUCGAGAAGUGUAUACCUUUCUUGACGAAAAGACACGCGGACCAUUACAGGCGGUACUAGUAGAUCAUGAUCAAGUUGAUGUUGCUAGUACUUACAUUAAGGCUAGUAGUUUAUAGAACGGAUGUAGGAUGGACUUGGGCGAUGGAUCGGAUGGACUCCCAUUUUCUUUCAGAAGCAUCCUGCUCCCGUUUUCAAGGGGAAAAGGGGCAUGAAGAUGCGGCUGAAGAUGGAUUUAAAUGGUAGGUCUAAUAACAAAAACACCAUGUUGAAGCCUCCCAAAAUACACCGCCUCCUCCGCAACGCUGCAGUAGUGGAAAAAAUGAGAUGGCUGUACCAUGGUUCUGGAAUACCUGGUGGGAUCACCGUAGACCCUUAUUUGGGUGGUAAAGACUCGAACCCAGUGCAGACGGUGUACGCAGUGUCGCGGUCGUGCACUAGCGUGGAAGAGGGACAUAAUUUACACGACAACUACGUUCUUGGUGGCCACGACGACGAAAAGCAAGACCCUCUCGAUUUCAGAGCAAAGGAGACAACGCAUUUUUCAGCAGUAAGGGCUUUGUCACGGAGGAGUCGAUUUUCUUCAGUAGGGUCGUCGAUGUCACGAAAAGCAAGUCGCAAGUCUCCAGAGUUGUUGCCGAAUCCCAUAGGGUAUCGGGAUAUUGGUGAUUACCUCCUAACUUAAGGCUUACCGUAAUUCAGCUUGCGAUGCAUCUUUGCUUGCCCCCUAUUUUAAGGGCAAAACAUGUAAAAGAUGACAGACUACUAAAGAUGCUGAAUAUCUGUAUUUACGGUCUAACGAACACCUGGAGAGAGCAAGGACAGGAGGAGAGACAAUGCUCUUCUGGAAAGGAAUAAAGUCGGUGACGAACAACAUGAAGGCGAUGAAGAUACAAGCUGUCUGUUAAGGCGAUACUUAUUGGAAAAGCAAAAGAUCUGACUACAAGUAGAAGUAACGAAGGACGAGAACAACAUGACUUUAUUUCAACUUAUCCUGCUCUAACAUUCAGAGGCACCAGCUUCAUUCUUUCCGGGGAUAGUUCUUUCUGAGCUUCCUUGUUUAACAGCAGUUUUAAUGGUGUUGGAAAAGAUCUGUCUACAAGUAGAAGUAACAAAGGAAAAGACCAACAUGACUCUAUUUCAACUUACGGAGCAAGGAACUCUAACAUUCGGGCACCUAGAACCAAUACAUGUGACAGGGAUCUCGCCGUCACAUGGGAUUUGUCUCCUGCCGAAUAUCUAUGGGAUAGUGCAAACGCAUGAAUUUUUGCUGGAGCACCAAGAAUAUUUAUGACCUACAUGGAAUCUUUGAGUUUGAGGUCCUCUUUUUAAACACAACUUCUGAGGUGGUCCUAAACACUUCUGAGGUGGUCCUAAACAUUCUUUAUGACAUGUACGUAGUUGAUGUUGCUUUUUUUUCUUAAGUAAGAAUUCUUGUUUCUUUUUGUUUGAUGUAUUUUUUCGUUAGGAUCUACAUUAGUUCUUACAUAAGCGCACUUCUUGAAGUUCUUCAACAUUUCUCCCUCUUUCAUCACCCCUAGGCACGAUGCAACAAGUAGCGGACUUCACGUGAUCUUCAUUUUUCUCCCUCUUUCAUCACCCCUAGGCACGAUGCAACAAGUCUCCCUCUUUCAUCACCCCUAGGCACGAUGCAGCAAGUAGCGGACUUCCUGACGUCAAGAAGGGAGGUCGCAGCCCUUUUCCACCAUCCUUAUGAUGGACGGACUCAAGACCAAGACGAGGAUGAAACGGUAGAAAUGACCCAGGACAAUCCCUUCCAUGAUCUAUCUCCCAAGAUUAAGGGUAGUACAAGAAAUCCAUCUUCCCUGUCAUCUACUUGGUCCCGUUUUUAAAGGGGAAAGGAGACCACGGCCCAAGAUGCUGCUGCGGAUGGAUUUUGAAGAUAGUUGUAGUUCUAACAAGAAGAAGCAACUUCCUCCCGACGUGUGUUCUGUGGGUGGCGACGUUUUGAAGCAUGUGCUCCGCGAGUACUACUGCGAGUUCCAAGCACCUCUGAGUUGUCGGAAGUGCUGUCUAGAGGACGCAGAAGUGUGUUGGAAGAACAAGGACGCAGUCUCUUUCACCCAGAAUGUCCAAAAAGUGAUGAAAUCGUCAGCAGGAGUCGAUGUACAUCGUGCGGAUUCGAGUGAUUAAGAUUGGUCCAAUUGAACUUGUGGGGGAAUGAAUUCAAAGUCAGAAGUUGUGAAGAAGCUGUGUUGGCCUAUGUUGUAUUUGUAAGUAGUGCAUCUUCAUCAAUUUAAAUCUUCUGACAAAUAAAUUUUUAGUUUUGAUAAUGAUGAAAACCAACACGACGAAAAGGAAGGUGGAUGCUCCUGCAGGAAAGAAAUGCAAUCCAUUGUUCCCAACAUCCUCUUAGAUAGCUCCUACUCUACAAUCUCUAACAUCCAGCUUCUAUCUCGCAUAGGCUGCAUAGCUGUUGCGUAAUCGUGGUGAACCAUAUGGUAAAGGCCACGACGGACUAUCUGAAACUGGAAUUGUGCGGACAUGAGAUUGGGUGCACCGGAUGGAGAGAGAAUUUUAGCACACCGUGAAACGCAAGUCGGUGCAAGUGCACUGGAUGGAGGCAGAAUUUUAGCACACCGUGAAUCUGAAUGUGGGGAAGAUGCUGAAGAUGAUGCAGUGGAAACAGAAUUUUAGCGAAUAGUUGUAGAAUGGAUUUUUAUCUUCAACUCAGUUUGAGAAUACAGGCAUUUAUGAAUUCUAGCAGAUGACGCACACAAAUCAUGGAAACAGACGCCCACAUCAAAUGGAAACAGAAUUUUAGCAAUAGUAUCACGCGACUGCAAGAUGCAGAAUGGAAACAGAACUUUAGCAAUUAUAGAACUCGAACUCGCGCAUAGCGACGAAAAGACAAUUACUCAUUGGAAACAUACUUUCCAGCUGGUUUAUUGGAAUUCUUGUACCAAGCAGCGAGACGUACAGGAC